CAGCUCCCUGACAUGCGCGAGAUCUGGUCCAGUUCCCUGGUCGCUCCAGAGCAAAUAACGAGCCACGCCUCGAAAAAGCCGUUCUUUUCUUUCACGGAGCGGGCGAAUUUCAAGAAGUUCAUCCUGGACCCGAACACGGACGCGGUCGUUGAGUCUGUCUUCAAGAAGUUCCGGAAGUCGAAGAUUUAUUGCCUGUUCAUGCUCGUCGAUAAGGAGAUGGAACAGCAAAAGAGACCGUUCCAAAAUCUCCGCCCAGAAAACCUGAAGAAAACGCUCUGCGACUACACAACGAACAGUGAGGCGAAGGAAAUUUACGAAAUUCUCAAAUCGAAAUUCCCGUUUGAGAAAAUGAAAGCGUAUGUGGAGAAGAUUCACACCUUUGCUCUGAACAUUUUCCUGUCCCAAGUUCCUCAGCAGGUCCAUUUGCUCAUCAAAGAAGCCGAAGAAUUGCGGGAAAAACGGAUGACGAAAAAGGAGAAACAAAGAGCCGCUGCACAACAACUUGCAGCUGCGGCGCACGUAGCGGCCCAGCAAGUGGCCGGUGGGACGAAGUCCCCCGCGAAGGGGGCAUCCGCGCCAGAGGUUGAGGCAGCCGAAGAUGACGGCGACGCGGAGAUGGUAGUACUAGAGCAGGACCAAGCGGCUGUGCAGCCGGAGAAGACCGAGGAAGAGCAGGCAGAGGAGGAGGAGCAGGAGCUACUCCAGGAGUUCAACCUGCUUUCAGCUUCCACCGAUCAGCAGAAAAAUUUUUUCGAGGAAAACCGGUUGAUUCUGAAGCGGGACAAGAAGAAAAACUUCACGUUCCUCCUGGAUUUUGUCAACGUCAUGGGCUUUUCCGUCGUCCCGGUCUUGGAGCAACUGCAACUGGAGGUGCAGUCGGUGUACCGAAACGUGAUCAAAACACACAGCCAGGAGAUGGAGGACCUGCAGGUGGACAUUGGCAGGUUGGAAACCUACCACGUCUUCUUGAUUACGAAAAUCGACGAGGCGAAAUCCUUGGCGGAAAAGAUCGGCAUUCAACAGCGACUGAGCACUAAACAUCCCAAUGCCGCGGGGGCCGCUCGCGUCAUGAGUGACACAUUGGUGCAAGACGUGCAGGACGCGAUUCAGACUGGGGACGGUCGUGUCU